AUGUAUACUCAACAUGGUGCCCAAAUGGCACCCCCGCAAAAACCGGAGACGUUUAUGUUGUCGAACGAAGCGCAGCAAAGUCUCCCUCACGAUGCGCAAGUCGCGCUUCAACAGGUGGACAAUCUGAAGUACUUCCUUCUUUCGGCGCCCGUAGACUGGCCAAGGGACCAACUGAUUCGCCGAUUUCUACUGCCCACCGGCGAUUAUAUUUCCUGCGUUCUCUGGCUGAUUAGUGGCAGGAACAAUCUGUUCCACAUCUCCGGCACUGAUAUCGUCCGAUGCCUCGCCUUUCGUUUUCAAGCCUUUGGCCGUCCGGUCAAAAACUCGAAGAAGUUUGAGGAGGGUAUUUUCUCCGACCUUCGAAAUCUGAAAGCCGGCACCGAUGCGACACUCGAAGAACCCAAAAGUCCCUUUCUCGAUUUUCUCUAUAAGAACAACUGCAUCAGGACACAGAAGAAGCAGAAGGUCUUCUACUGGUACAGCGUGCCACACGAUAGGCUUUUCCUCGAUGCGCUGGAACGUGACCUGAAGAGGGAGAAGAUGGGGCAGGAGGCGACCACUCUUGCGGUCAGCGAGCCGGCCUUGUCGUUUGAAUUUGACUCGUCGCAGUCGUUGUAUGAGCAACUGACAAAGGCACAACAAGCAAAUUCAUCAUCCUUUCACGCGGGUACGACUUUUGGCCAGUCCAACUCCCCAAUUGUUCGGACUGUUGACGCAAUGCCUCCUCCCCAGAUGGCUCCCCAGAUGGCUCCUCCCGCGAUGCCAGUUCUCCAAGACGAUGCUGGCAAUCAGGCGAUGUACAGUACGAUGCCCAUGGCUCAUCCCCUGACCCAGGCCAUAAUUAAGCGCGAGUCCGACUACGGGCAGAUCCAAUAUGAUCGCAAUGGCAUCCCGUUUCGCAUACACCAGCGGCAUGCUUCCAUGCCUAGUUUUGUUGUCGAGUAUUCGCCCGCACCGUCCUUUGUUUCCUCACAGUACGAAGACUACAGCAACCGCGGCUUAUCGUUCGAACCCGUCACCCCACCACAGCACAGCGUUCCACUUGGGCCCGAACCGGCUUAUAUCGCAAACGAGGACACUGGUCUCUACACUGCGAUUCCUGACAUUACUUCUGCAGCCGCCUUCAAUCCUAUGAUGCAGCUACCACCUUCGAAUCUAGCAAGCGCUCCUUACGCGAUGCCUGCCAGGACAUACCAUUCGAACGUAUAUUCGGUGAUUGAGGGGUCUCCAACGUACAAGCAACGUCGGCGUCGCUCUUCAAUCCCACCGAGUGUCGCGGCUAAUGGGCACGCCCAAACGACAUCCGCACCAUCUCAGCAGAUCGCAUAUGCCGCCCAUAGGCCGAGUGAUCUCCGACGUUCCGUCUCAAAUUCUGUAGCGCCGGCUGCAGAAGGGGAGGAAACACACGAAGCUUCCAAUCAUGUCGCAAACGGAUAUGCUCCUGCAGUUCUUCCACAAAGAAAUUUGUUGCACGAGAUGUCCCGCAACGGGACCCCGCUCUCAAAUGUCGAGGAAAAUUCUGAGUCGAAUCCUCAGAUGACGGGCCAUCAGGAUGACCUGGUCACGCUUCCCAAUGGGGAAGCGUAUGAGGCAGCUGUGCAGAACAGUGUUUCAAAUAAAGUGGAGCGAUUCGCUCCUGGCCCCGUUCGCCGCGCCCGAAGCGCUACAAUGAUGGAGCUAGGACCAUAUCCUCAGAAGUCUCAUUCGUGUCCGAUUCCAUCGUGCGGGCGGCUUUUCAAGCGGUUGGAACAUCUCAAACGGCAUGUGCGCACCCACACACAAGAGCGGCCUUACCCCUGUCCUUACUGCAAUAAAGCCUUCUCCCGCUCCGACAAUCUUGCGCAACAUCGGCGUAUCCACGAGGCUCAACAGGAUGGCCAGCAACCACCUGCACACGACGAAGACCUUGAAAAUGAGGAGAAUGAACUUGGAUCCGACAGGGAAUCAUCGCCUGGCGAAGCUAUGCCCAGUUCUAUGGUCAAUGUCGUGGGCAUGACAUCGAUGCCUUCGACAAUGUCGUUGUCCUCUUCGAUGCCAAGCAUGAUGGCUUCCCACAUGAUCGCUCCUCAGCUCCUACAGCAGCAAAUCUGA